GGGAAUUCAUUUUUUAUCAAUAAAACAAGUUAGUAAUUAAUCACCUUCGUACCCUAGUGUUGUAACAUAUGGAUUUUCUCAUCUUAUGUGUUGUGGAUUCUGCAAAUUUUCAUAAAACUCUUUCUUAUCAACUCUGAUUCAACGUUUUAUUUGUCAGUUACGGUAGAGAAGUAGAGCUUCAAGGUUUAAAGAACAGUUCCAUCCCCUUUUCCUAUUUAUUGUACAUAUUUUGGAGUUGGUUUAAAUCACUGAAAAUAACUUUGUAGAAAACAUACCCAAAUCGUGAAUUGUUCCAUCACCAUUUCUUAGCAUUCUCUUAUCGAAAUUAUACCAGGAAUAUUUCCUGCAUCGGAUCAUAAUACGUGUGGAUAUCGUGGUGAAUUUAACUUCAGGAUCAAAUCGUGGAAACACACAACACAACAAAAAAUCUGUGUCUCUGUGAAACCAUGGAUGGAGGUGCUGCUGCAAUCCAAGUUCUUGUCCAAAACCUGAUCAACGUUUUGAAGGAAGAGUACUCUCUACGUCGAGGUCUCAAUGGAGAUUCCCAACAGCUGCAAAGGACUUUGGGCAUGAUCCAAGCCUUCUUGAUUGACGCUGAGGAGAAAUCCAUCACCCAAGAUGCCGUCAAAUUCUGGUUGAGAGAGCUUGAACUUGUGGCUUUCGAUGCUGAUAAUGUCUUAGACGAACUCAGCUAUCAUCUUCUCUACAAAAAGGUGAAGAAAAUGAUGAAACGCAAGGAUAGGGUAGCAUCAUACUUCUCUUCCCUUAGUCGCAGUUCAGGUUGGCGUAAUAUGGCCCAUACAAUAAAAAAAAUCAAUGCAGAUUUUGAGUCUAUGAACAAAAGGGGAAUAGAUCUUGGCCUUCAAAGGAUAAUUUUAAAUGCACCUGCUGCUGUUACUACUCAUACUUCCAUCGAGACUAAUUCGUUCAGUUGUGAUCCAAUCUUUGUUGGAAGAGAUGAUGAUGUGCCUAAACUAGUUGACAUGCUCACCCAUAUCCCCCAAGAUCAGACCUUUACCAUCACUGCUCUUGUCGGAAUGGGGGGUAUGGGGAAGACUACACUGACCAAGAAAGUCUUCAGUCACGAAAGCAUAAAGGAUCGAUUCAAAUCACUUAUUUGGGUUUAUGUUUCUCAAACUUUUGAUCCUAUCAGUCUUUUCAACAAAAUCUUUUCAACGUUGACUUCAAAUACGGGGGAUAGAGUUGAGAUCAAGGAAGUUAUCCUGAAAAAUCUUCAAGAAGCUCUCAAGGAAAAAACUUAUCUUCUUGUUCUUGAUGAUGUCUGGAAUGAAGAUGUGUUGAAAUGGAAAGACUUUAUGAAUUCCAUGGAGGGAGUUACGUCUACCAAGGGAAAUUGCAUUAUCAUCACUGCCAGGAAGGAAAAUGUUGCUUCAAUUGCUAAUCCAUUUCAUGUUCAUCCUUUAAAAGGCUUAUCUGAUCAUGAUUGUUGGUCCAUAAUCAAAGCAAAUGGUUGUGAUAGAAAUGGAGAAGUUUCAUCAAGAUUUGAGAAUAUUGGGAGACAGAUUGCAACAAGAUGUAAGGGUUUGCCUUUAGCUGCCAAUGUAGUAGGGGGUGUGCUUCGCCGAUGCAAGUCCGAACAAGAGUGGCGUUCCAUCAAAGAAAACUGGCUCUCAGACGAUGAAGGAGGUGAAAAUAUCUCAAAAAUAUUAAAAUUGAGUUUUGAUUAUUUGCCUUCACCAUUACUCAAGAAGUGCUUUGCGUAUUGUUCGAUCUUCCCCAAAGGUCAAGAAAUCGUGAAAGAGGAGCUGAUUGAACUGUGGAUGGCAGAAGGGUUUCUUCAACCAAGCCAAAGACAUGAUAUGGAGUUCAUGGGCGACAUGUUUUAUAAUGUGCUUCUACAGAACUCUUUGUUGCAAGUUGCAAAUAGAUAUUAUCUUGGAAGGGAAUAUUGUGUGAUGCACGAUCUUGUGCAUGAUCUUGCAUCUUCGGUUUUAUGUGCAAAUGACAACACCCUAGUUCGAUACAUGUUUCUCAAAGAAGAAUCAAGUCAUAUUCCGGAAGAGGUGGCCAAGCAUUUGCGAACAUUACUCUUGGAAGGUGAAAAUUUUGGUACCAUGUUCUCAAACUUCAAAUAUCUACACAAUUUAACUCUCGCUGGCUUAAGUUAUACAAAGUUGCCUGAUUCGGUUAGGGACUUGAUACAUUUGAGAAAUCUUAAUAUAUCAAGUACCAAAAUUAAAAACUUGCCAGAGUGGAUUGGUGAACUAUAUCACUUGCAAACAUUAAGAGCAACAAUGUUAGAGAAACUUCCAAGUACAUUGAAGUACUUGAUUAAAUUAAGACAUCUUUGUAUAUCGCCGUUUACAAAGUUACCUCCAGAGAUUGGUAAAUUAACUAGUCUUCAAACUCUGUGGCUAUUUGAAGUGGGCAUACAAAAGGGAUACAAAAUUGAAGAGCUUGGAUGUUUGAAGAAUCUCAAAGAAUCACUACAGAUUUGGAAUCUUGAAAGGGUGCGUGAUAAGGAAGAGGCUAUGAAAGCAAAUCUGUUGCAGAAGUCAAACUUGUGGGAAUUGGUGUUUGCGUGGUUCGAUGGUAGAGAAGAUGAAAGAAAUGAUGAGAGUGUAUUGGAAGGCCUCCAACCGCAUGCAAAUCUGAAGGUGUUGAAGAUUAAAGGAUUCAAAGGCAAAAUAUUUCCAACAUGGUGUAUGAAGAUGGCAAUACGGGAUGGUUCUCAAGGCUCCUGGGUACCACUUGAUAACUUGAUUGAGAUAGCACUUAUGAAGUGCUCAGAGUGUGAGGAAAUCCCAAUGCUGGAGCACUUACCUAAUCUUAGAUCUCUAUAUUUGUUUGACUUGAAGAAGGUUAGGUUCAUAAAUUCCUCAUUCAAAAAUUUGGAAUCUCUCACACUUAUCAAAUUAGAGGGAUUACAAUGUCUGCCAAAAUUGUUAUUCUAUAACAAUAACAGUCUCACAAAUUUAGAGAUUAUACAAUGCCCAUUGUUGAGUGAAUUACCAGAUGGGCUGGAUACCUUGAAUUCACUAGAAAAGUUGAUUAUCAGUGAUUGUCCAAAUUUGAAGUCGAUGAAGAGUCUAAGUUGCGGAGCAAAAAUAUAUCAAGGAAUCCUUCAUGAGCAGGCAAUUAAAGGGUGUGAAAAGCUGAUGGAAUUGCCAUGUCAAAUGCUAGAGUCAUCCACCCCCGCAAUCUAGACACUCGGAUUGGUAGAAUAUGGAGCCUAAAGAAUCUACCUGUGCUAGUAAUUGACUGCCUCCCUAAAUCAUCUUCUCGUCUUGAAGAAUUGACACCCCAUUAUCAUGGUUGAUGGUGUCUCCAUUUGAAUGUUGUAGCAAGUAAGUAUCAUUUUUGAUAUUGUGCUGAGGAAAAAAUUUAUUGAAGCAAUGGGGUGGUUCUCUCUCUCUUAGCAAAGUUGCCACUCUUCUCUUCAUCUGUCAUUUCCAUGUUCUUUCUUUUCCUUCAUACAUUAAAACACUUUAUUCAUACAGAUUCUUUGA